AUGGGGCCGGCCACCAUGGCUCCCGCCCGAUCCAAGGAAGCCACCACCACCCCUGCUGCCCCCUGCAGCCGCGUGGCUCCCCCUGUGGCGCUGGCCACCUGCGUGGUCACACUUGCCCUGGGAGUGCUUCUGGCCUUGCUCUCUGCUCAGGGCGUCCGCGUGGAGCACACGGCCGAGCUGCGUGGCCUGCGGUUCUCCAGCAGCCUGUGGCGUGAGACCUCAGCCUAUUCCCGGGCGCUCACGCCCGUGCUGCAGGCGCUGUUUGUCAGCAGCUUUCAGAAGACAGAAUUAGAGGAGAGCUGUGUGGGCUGCACAGUGCUGGGUUACGGGGAUGGGAACUCGAGCGUCCUGGUCCACUUCCAGCUGCACUUCCUGUUGCGGGCACUCUGGCCACUGAGCCUGGGCGUGGAGGAGCAGCUGUUGCAGCGGGGCGUGCGGGCUCAGCUGCGGGAGCAUGGCAUCUCCCUGGCCCCCUAUGGCACCAUCUUGUCGGCCGAGCUCACCGGGCGCCCAGGGGGCGUGUGGACUGAGAACGACUUGAAGUCAGGCCGCUGCCCCGGGAGCUCCUUUUCUUGCCGCAACAGCCAGUGCGUGGCCAAGGUGAACCCGGAGUGCGACGACCGCGUGGACUGCUCAGACGGCUCGGACGAGGCGCACUGUGAGUGCGGCCGGCGGCCAGCCUGGAGGACAGCCGGCCGCAUUGUGGGCGGCGAGCAGGCGGCCCCGGGCGAGUUCCCCUGGCAGGUCAGCCUGCGUGAGAGCAAGGAGCACUUCUGUGGGGCCGCCGUGCUGGGCGCGCGCUGGCUGCUGUCCGCUGCCCACUGCUUCAACGAGUUCCAGGACCCCCGUGAGUGGGUGGCACAUGCGGGCGGCACCUCGCUCAGCGGCUGGGAGCCCAGCACAGUGCGCGCCCGUGUGGCCCGCAUCAUCCGGCACCCCGGUUACAACCCGGACACGGCUGACUUCGACGUGGCCCUGCUGGAGCUGGCCCGGCCGCUGCCCCUAGGCCGCUACGUGCAGCCGGCGUGCCUGCCGGCCGCCUCCCAUGUCUUCCCGCCCGGCAGGAAAUGCCUCAUCUCCGGCUGGGGCUACCUGAAGGAGGACUUCUUGGUGAAACCCGAGCUGCUGCAGAAGGCCGCGGUGGAGCUGCUGGACCAGGGCCUGUGCGCUGGCCUCUAUGGCCCUGCGCUCACCGACCGCAUGCUGUGUGCUGGCUACCUGGACGGCAAGGUCGACUCAUGUCAGGGGGACUCGGGGGGCCCACUGGUGUGUGAGGAGCCCUCGGGACGGUUCUUCCUGGCGGGCAUCGUGAGCUGGGGCAUAGGCUGUGCGGAGGCCCGGCGCCCGGGGGUCUAUGCCCGCAUCACCAGGCUACGCGACUGGAUCCUGGAGGUGAUGACCUCGGGCAGCCUGCGCCCGCCACCCAGCGCCCCCCAGAGCCCGAUGGUGGAGAGGCCCAGGCCAGCCCCCAGCGCAGCACCCCCAGGCCCAGUUGGCACCCCUAAGCCACCAGCGUGCGGGGCCAGGCCGGCCAUGGAGAAGCCCACCCGCAUCGUGGGUGGGCUGGUGGCGGUGCCCGGGGAGGUGCCCUGGCAGGCCAGCCUGAAGGAGGGCUCACGGCACUUCUGCGGUGCCACUGUGGUGGGUGACCGCUGGCUGCUGUCUGCGGCGCACUGCUUCAACCACACCAGGGUGGAGCAGGUGCGCGCCCACCUGGGCUCGGCGUCCCUGCUGGGCGUGGGCGGCAGCCCUGUGAAGGUGGCACUGCGUCGCGUGGUGCCGCACCCCCAGUACGACCCGCGGCUGCUGGACUUUGACCUGGCACUGCUGGAGCUGGUGCGGCCCCUGGCCUUCAACCCGCACGUGCAGCCCGUGUGCUUGCCGCUGGCCAUCCACGACUUCCCCGUGGGCCGCAAGUGUGUCAUCUCGGGCUGGGGCAACACGCAGGAGGGCAACGCCAGCAAGCCGGACGCGCUCCAGCGCGCGUGGGUGGGCAUCGUGGACCAGAAGACAUGCAGCGCACUGUACAAUUUCUCCCUCACUGACCGCAUGCUGUGCGCCGGCUUCCUGGAGGGCCGCGUGGACUCCUGCCAGGGGGACUCAGGGGGUCCUUUGGCCUGUGAGGAGACGCCUGGUGUGUUCUACCUGGCGGGCAUCGUGAGCUGGGGUAUCGGCUGUGCACAGGCCAAGAAGCCAGGCGUCUACACCCGCGUCACGCGGCUCAAGGGCUGGAUCCUGGAGACCAUGGUCUCCCCGCAGGCCACCCCCAGCCCCGCAACACCGGUCCCCAGCACCAGCCCACCCCGCACUGAGGCCACCAGCCACCCUGUCCCCGCCACCACGACUGCCAGGAGCACCCCAGGCUGGGUGCAGACGCCCCCACCAGGCCCCCCAAAGACCACCACGCACCCCCAGCUGCCAGACUGCGGCCUGGCCCCGGCAGCCCCGCUGAGCAGGAUCGUGGGCGGCAGCGCGGCCGGGCGCGGCGAAUGGCCAUGGCAGGCGAGCCUGUGGCUGCGGCGCCGGGAGCACCGCUGCGGGGCCGUGCUGGUGGCCGACCGCUGGCUGCUGUCCGCUGCCCACUGCUUCGACGGCUAUGGGGACCCCAAGCAGUGGGCGGCCUUCCUGGGCACCCCGUUCCUGGGCAGCGCUGAGGGUCAGUUGGGGCGCGUGGCGCGCAUCUACAAGCACCCCUUCUACAAUCUCUACACGCUCGACUACGACGUGGCGCUGCUGGAGCUCGCCGCGCCUGUGCGCCGCAACCGCCUCGUGCGCCCCAUCUGCCUGCCGGGGCCCGCACCGGGAACCCCCGAGGGCGCACGCUGCGUCAUCACAGGAUGGGGCUCAGUGCGCGAGGGAGGCUCCAUGGCACGGCAGCUGCAGCAGGCGGCCGUGCGCGUCCUGAGCGAGCGCAGCUGCCGCCGCUUCUACCCGGUGCAGAUCAGCAGCCGCAUGUUGUGCGCCGGCAGCCCGCAGGGCGGUGUGGACAGCUGCUCGGGUGACGCCGGGGGUCCGCUGGCCUGCAGGGAGCCCUCCGGUCGGUGGGUGCUGACCGGGGUCACCAGCUGGGGAUACGGCUGCGGCCGACCACACUUCCCUGGAGUCUACACCCGCGUGGCGGCUGUGAGGGGCUGGAUCGGGCAGAACAUCCAGGACUGAAGGC